AUCUAUUAGCUGGUGUCAACGUUGAAUCUAUGACAUUUAUGAUUUAAGAAGAAAUUUUCUUUUGGAACCCUUAGAAUAUUCAUACAAUGACAAAUAAUUAUGUUACUAUUCAAAUACUAUUUUGAACCAUUGAAGAAAUAAAUAUCAGAAAAAUCGAUUGCAAUAUACAACGACAGUAGUAAACUAUAAAAGUGAUUCGCAAUUUUUAACAAAGCAGACUUAUUCAAAGAGUUACUAUAUUUUAUAACUAAAAAACAUGGAUAUAUGUAGGUUAUGUUUAAAAGCCGAAAGCCAAAAUAUAUCAAAUCCAACGGAUAUUAUAAAUAUUUUGAAGAAAUUUCUUCCUUCAAUGAAUCCCUGUUUAAAACAUUCGGUAUUCCAACUAUGUGAAACUUGCUUAUGUAAUAUUCACACCCUUAAAAAUUUAAAGUAUAUCCUAAACAAAACUGACGAAAAAAUUAAACUUAAAAUUAGAAACUCCAAGGGUAAAGAAAUAGAUUUGAUAAAUUUGCUAGAAACAACUAGUGAAUUAGAAAUCAAAACGAAAAAUAUUCACCCCUGCCGGAUAUGUCUACAAAUUAUAUAUUUUCCCAAAAUAUUUCUUUAUGAAAAUAACACUAAUAUUUUGAGACACGAUUUAAUACAGAAUAUGUUUCAAUUUUGCAAUAUAACCUUGAAGUGUGAUCUCUUUCAACAACCAGUUAUGUGCCUGCAAUGCUGGGAAAGUAUUCAAGUCUGUUAUAGUUUCAAAAAAAAUUACUUAGAAACUAAUAACAAGAUUCAAGCCUAUUUAAUACAAUUUAAUAUUUCAAAUAAUACCAUAAAUGAAGAAAUUUUGAAAAGUAUGAGCCAAUACUUUUAUUCUGAUAUAAAUGAAAUAAUAAAAAACAAAGAUUUUUGUGAUAAUCGGGAGAAUAUUGGAAGACGUUCGUUAAGGAGGAAUGAAAGGAAAAGGUAUAAUAAUCACACAAUCAAAGAGAAUCCGACAUUUAUAGAAACAGAACAUAGUGAUGUAGUUCUGCCUAAACGUACCAGAUAUACUUUUACUGCUAAGGAUGAUAAAUUUUUACUAAAAUUUUACUAUGAAGUCACGAGCACAAAUAUAGCUUCAAGACCUUGGAAGAUUAUUCAAGAGAAAUGGUUUAAUCAUUUCCCCGAAAACCCCUUAAAAAUUUCCUCGAUUCACAGUCGAUUAACCACACUUUUGAAACAAAAACGAAAUACAUUCAAACCACUUAAAUCGUCUACAAAAAAUAACUUUACAGUAAAGAAACGAAAAACGAAAAAUAUUUUUAAUGAGUUUCAUCCAGAAUGUUCAAAUGAAGAAUCUGAUAAUUAUGUUUGUGAAGUUACUCCGUUUUCGUUCGUGACAAGUACAAUCCCGGUACCUUCAACGGAUAAUAAAAUGGAACAGUUUGUGGAUAUGCCUCCGUCAGGAACUGAUUCCGAUUGUGAAUCACUUCCUAUACCUUUACUGGAAAGAAUGGAUUUACCAGAAAUCUGGAAAGUUGAUCGACAUUCUGUUGAGUCAAAAAGAAAAAUAAUAAACCAGAUAUUCCAAAAUGGAACAAAUAAUACUAAUGCAAUUAAAGGAGAUACGAGUUCUUAUAAAAGGAUACAAAAACGUCUUAAAGAAACAAUGUACAAAUGCAACAUAUGUAACUUUGAAACGAAAUAUCAAUAUUCAGCAGAUCGUCAUGCAGACUGGCACGCUAAACCCGAGAAGAAAGGUUUUGAAUGCAGUAAAUGUUAUUUUAUUACUAGCAAGCGGUUUCUUCUGAAAAAACACAUAACUGACAAACAUCAAAAUGAAGAAGGAUACGAAGAACUUCCAGUGUUAAUACCUUUCACUAUUACCUACUGAAGGAACAACUAACGGGCUGUUGGAUAGAAUAUAUCACUAUAGGAAUAUAGGAAUCUAGGUUUAUAUAUUUUUUUUGUAUUACAGUGGAAUUUUGUUUCAUUGUGUUACUUUUAUUUUAUAGAGAUUCACUUGUGUAAAAGUUUUUUUAAAUAAUGUUUGUUCACAAAAAAAAAGAAAAUAAAACUUUCUUCUAUUA